GUUUGGUAAGCUAUAGUUUAGUCGAUUCAGCGGUCGCGUUCGUUUGUUGUUUAUGGUGUGUGGCCCAUCCCAGUAUUAGCUGUGAAUGUGUGUGCCGUUUCCAUAACUUUUUAUUUAAAUUAAUGGAUUUCAUUUGUUGCUGAUAGGACCAAUAGGCAAGAAUGCCUGAAGCGAAAAAAAUGGCCAUCGACAAUGAUUCUUCUCCAGCGAAACACCAAGGCUCGCGCUUGGCGCGUAGUGGUAAUGCCUUAGCCCACGUGACCAUGCUUGAUGGUUCAAUUUUGGACAUCAGCGUGGAAAGGAAGGCGUCUGGCAAAGAACUUCUCAACAGAGUGUGCGAAGCUAUCAAUCUUAUCGAGAAAGAUUACUUUGGUCUUAUCUAUUCCGAUAGGCACGAUCCUAGAAAUUGGUUGGACUUGGAUAAGAGGAUAUCCAAGUUUAUGAAAGCUGAACCGUGGAACUUCAGCUUUGAGGUGAAAUUCUACCCUCCAGAUCCUUCGCAGCUCCAAGAGGACAUAACCCGCUACCAGCUGUGCCUGCAGAUCCGCAUGGACAUCCUUAAUAACCGUUUGCCUUGUUCGUUCGUCACCCAUGCCCUUCUCGGGUCUUAUCUGGUGCAAUCCGAACUCGGCGAUUACGAUCCCGAUACCAUGGGCAGGAAUUACUUGAAGGAGUUCAAGUUCGCUCCCAACCAAACUCAAGAGCUAGAAGAAAAGGUUGUAGAACUGCAUAAAACUCAUAGAGGUCAGACUCCAGCCCAAGCCGAGCUCCACUAUCUAGAAAACGCAAAAAAAUUAGCAAUGUACGGCGUAGAUUUGCAUCCGGCCAAAGACUCUGAAGGUCUGGACAUAAUGUUAGGAGUGUGCGCAUCCGGUUUGUUGGUCUAUAGAGAUCGUUUGCGAAUAAAUCGCUUCGCCUGGCCCAAAAUACUCAAAAUUAGCUACAAGAGACACAAUUUCUACAUUAAAAUUCGACCCGGAGAAUUUGAACAAUUCGAAUCCACUAUUGGUUUUAAACUAGCCAAUCAUAGAGCAGCUAAGAAAUUAUGGAAGACUUGCGUUGAACAUCAUACUUUCUUUAGAUUGAUGUCUCCUGAGAUUAAUCAGAAGUCAUCUUUAUUUCCUAAACUAGGAUCGAAAUUCCGUUACUCCGGAAGAACUCAUUAUGAAACAAAAAAAACGCACAUUGAUAGACCUGCUCCUCAAUUUGAGAGGUCAUUGACUGGCAAGAGGUUAACAUCUAGAAGUAUGGAUCCUCUAAGCGGUGUUCGCCCUGAAGAUGACUAUAACGAAGCCAAUAAGCGCCAUACAAUGUCUCAUCCGCCCGAACAUAUACCUGACAUUGGCAAUCAGUCUCCUGCCAAAAAUAAGUCACCUAAAGAAAAGAAAGAAAAAGACAAGAAACCAAUUGGUGGAGUGGCAGUUUUGCCGUCCGUUGGUCUUUUCAAUAAGAGGAAAGAUAAAGGCGAUAAAGAAAACGAUGCUCCAGAUCAAAAUGGUACUGAAAAUGAAUCACAACUUAAAUCUAAUAACGAAAAAUCUCCAAAAGAAAAAAAGGAAACAUCAAAGAGUCCUGGUUUCCUGUUUGGUUCAAAACACGACAAAGCCCCCAAAGAUAAGAAAGAAAACGAAAGGGCAGUCGCCUCGCCAAAAGAAAAAGGUGGACCGCCAGUCGGUUCUCCCGAACUUCCCGGUUACACUAAAAAGUACGAUUACGAAGAACCGGAAAAUGAAACUUCUUCCAGAAAACCAUACACUCAAGGUUUUAGUUAUGAAAGCCCAAAUAGUCCCAAAAUUGAGCCCGAAAGUCAGCAAUCUCCUUCCACUAAGAGAGCUACUGCAACGGCCUUCAACUAUGCUCCUGGAGAUGUGCAAAAACUUAACAAAGAUGGCCUAAGAGACCCUAAAAACGACUCUGCAGCUUUCUUGGCUGGUGAACAAUAUCUUCACCAUGCUCCUCCGGAUAAUGGAACAGUCGCCUCAGUAAAACCUCCAGUAGAUACAAAUAAAUACUGUCCUGUUAAAUUGUUUGUCAUUACCGGGCCAAGAGACUCAAAAACUGGAAGAAUCGACCUGGAUGCUGCUUCAGUUGAUAAAUGUACCAGUCGACAAAACAUUGAGACUGGUCUAAUAGAUUCCAAGUAUGGUCUUAUUGAUCCAUCAAAUGGCACAGUGAUUAUCACUGACCCGUCUAAUGGGCAGAAGGAAGUCGUCCAAGGACUUGUUGACCCUGUAACAAAACAAAUCAUUAUUACAUCUGGUGCUAUUAUUGAUCCCAAAACCGGCAAAAAGAAUAACGGUUUGGGUCAAAUUAUAUCAAUAUCUGACCAACAACCUAAAGGUACUGUACGCCCGUUGGCUAUGGUUCCCAAGAAACGUAUUAUUAAAAUUACCGUGGUAACAUCCAAGAAAGAUUCGAAAACUGGAAGAAUUGAAGCUGAAAAAGGUCAAACCGAAAACAUUGAGGCUAUAUUGGAUCCAGUUACCGGGCAAAUCGAAUACAAAUACGGGCUCAUUGACCCAGUUAAUUUUAAAAUUGUUCAGAAAGACCCGAAAUCCGGAAAAGGAGAAAUCCAUCCUAUUGAAAUUGAUUCAACAAUUAAUCAAAUAUUAGUUAAGGAAGGUAUUUUCGAUCCUAAAACAAAUAAACACGAUAGCAGCUUGGGUCAACUUAUCAAGAUUUCAGAACAAAGCGAUUCGAUCGUACCAAUAACCGCAGUGACCGCUAAAAGUGACCCCAAAACAGGCCAGCUUGAUCCAACCCAAGCUCAUAAAGAAACUACCAAUGGUAAGAUCGAUGCCAAGAAUGGGCUCAUUAUUACGAAGUAUGGUACAAUCGACGUCAAAAACAAGAAGAUUGCUAUUCGUGAUCCCAAAACAGGGAAAAUUGAAGAACAUCCAGUACAGUUCGAUGACAAUUACAAUGUUAUCGUUCUUUCUGGUGUCGUAAACCCUAAAACCAACUCAAAAGAUAACAAUUUAAGUCAAAUUUUACAAAUUGGAUCCGAAAUUGACCCAGAAGUUAGCGUACUUUCAGUAUCGGGAAAAGUUGACAAGAAGGGACUCGAUCCAAAAUCGGCAUCCCCAACUGAAAAAUCCGUUGGACUUUAUGAUCCUGAUAGCAAUAAAGUUUUUACAAAAUACGGAGUAUUUGAUCCAGUCAACGAAACCCUUACUUUCGUUGAUACAAAAUCUGGAAAGACAGAAACUAAACAAGGCCAACGUGAUUCUAACAACAGCGAAAUUUUGUUCAAGGGGCUUGUAAACCCAAAAUCUGGAAAAGUCGAUAGUAGCUUUGGAAGAACCAUUAAAAUUGAUGUAAAAGGUGCUGAAGCUGAUCCAAAUGUCAUACAGAUUAUGCCACAGGAAGCUAAAAGGGCAAUUCCAGUAUCGCCUGUAAAAGUUCCAGUAAUGCCCGUUGCAGCACCCAAAGAUAAAAACAGAAUAAUCAAACUGUUGGUUAUUACAGCUAAAAAAGAUAAAAAAACUGGCCAACUUGAAUUGGAAUCUGGAACUGUGGACCAAUCUAUUGGUGUUUUACAUCCAACCGGCGAAAUAGAUUCCAAAUAUGGAAUUAUUGAUCCAACCAAGGGAACGUUAAUUGUAACUGAUCCUGCUACUGGUAAUAAGGAAACUUUGCAAGGUCAAAUCAACCCUGCUACCGGUCAAAUUCAAUUUAUCAGUGGAGGUGUAAUUGAUCCUAGACACAACAAGAAAGAUAGCACUUUUGGACAAGUAAUUACUGUUGUUGGUGAUAAACCAUCCAAUGUAUCUACUACCUCCAUUAAAAAUGCGCUUAAAUCACAUCCAAUACCUAAGAGACGGGUUAUUAAAUUGCUGGUUAUCACAAGCAAAAAAGAUCCCAAAACUGGUCGUAUUGAAACAGAAAAAGGCACUGUUGAAAAACUUACUGCUACUGUGGACCCAGUAAGUGGAAUUAUUGACACUAAAUUUGGUAAAAUUGACCCUCAAAACAGCAAAAUUGUUCAAAAGGACAAGUCUGGAAAGCCUAUCAUCACUGCUAUAAAAAUUGACGAUUCCACCGGUCAGAUUUAUAUUAACGACAAUGUAGCAGAUCCAAAAACUGGGAAAGUAGAUCCAAAUCUAUCUCAAGUAUUAAAUAUCAUUAAUCCUCAACAUCCAGCUAUCGUUAUUACUUCAAUUACGACCAAAAAGGAUCCUAAAACGGGUGAACCAGAUUUGGCUAACGGAAGAGUGGAAACGACCAACGGUAAAGUCAAUCCAGAAACGGGAGAGAUUGUCACCAAACACGGCACGAUUAAUCUAAAACUUAUGCGCAUUUUGUGUAGAGACCCCAAGACUGGCAAGGUCCAAGAAAAACCAGUGCUUGUGGACAGGGAUGAUAACAUUAUUAUUUCAUCGGGAGUUGCUGAUCCUAAAACUGGUAAAAUUGACUCUGAUUUUGUGCAAGUGGUUCAAGUGGGCCCUGAAAUUGAUCCUGAAAUUCAAGUAACCACUUACGUAGGUAAAGUAGAUUCAAAGAAAAACACCAUAGAUUCUAAGAACGCUGUACCCGAUACUACUCCAGGAUUAUACGAUCCAGAUAGAAAUAAGAUAUAUACGAAAUACGGUCAUUUGGAUCCAGUUGAGGAAACUUUGACUAUUAUUGAUCCAAAAUCGGGCAAAUUAGAAACCCGACUUGGAUUUAUGGAACCCAACACUGGAGAAUUAUUGUUCAGAGGUGGUUUUGUCAAUCCCAAAAAUGGAAAAAUCGAAAAAGAUUUGGGAAGAGCUAUUUCGUUUCAUAUUACCGAACCUGUUAUUGAUACUGUAGCAGGUCAACAGCCAUCAGAGAAAGAGUUAAAACCAACUGUUGUAACUCCAACCAAACCUUUAUUACCACCUGUUCAAUCCACAACCACUACAACCGUCAGAACCUCUCCUGCUAAAGUUGUAGAAACUCCAAUAAAAUCGGUAGGACAAGCGUCGCCUGUUAAGGAAAUUAUUACUGGUGUCUUGCAACCUAUUGCCAAACACCGCAUUGUUAAGAUUAUGGUUAUCACUGCCAGAAAAGAUCCAAAGACUGGAAAUAUUGAUACUGAGCAUGGUGAGGUAGAGCAUAUAACCGGAAUUGUUGAUCCUAAGACCGGCCUAAUAGAAACCAAAUACGGUCAAUUGGAUCCCACAACUGGAUCCUUGGUAACCAAGGACACAGCCACCAGUAAAACGGAGAUAAGCCCAGGUAAAGUGGAUUCUGCUACCGGAAAUAUAAUUAAUGGAGGUCCAGUUGUUGAUCCAAAAACAGGGAAAGUCGAUCCCACUUUGGGACAAGUAUUUUCCAUCGUCGGACUUAAACAAGCUCAGGAUCCACACGCAGCACCAUUACCCAAAAAGAGAAUCAUCAAGAUCACUGUCAUUACCACCAAGAUUGAUCCCAAGACCGGUAAAAUUGAUCCUGACAAAGGACAGGUUGAACAAUCCACUGCUUUAUUAAAUCCAGAAACUGGGCUUAUUGAAUCCAAAUACGGACUCAUUGAUACCAAAAAUGGUAAACUUAUCAUUAAUGAUCCAAAAUCCGGCAAAGUUGACGCCAAGUCUGCACAAGUUAAUGAAAACAAUGGUCAAAUUAUUGUAGGAAGUGGCGUAACCGACCCAAAAACCGGCAAAAUUGACAGUUCUCUUGGUCAAAUUAUUAGCAUUGCUGGACAAAACGAUCCAAUACUUGAAAUUACGACCAUAACUGCCAAAAAGAAUCCAAAGACGGGCACCGUGGACCUAAACAAUGGUCAAAUGGAGAACUCUAAAGCCAAAAAGAAUUCAGCUACUGGCGAAAUCGAAACCAAAUACGGAAUAAUCGACCUAAAACUCCUUAGAAUUACCACUAAAGAUCCCAAAACAGGCAAGGUAGAAACAAGACCUAUACAAGUCGACGCCGAAGGCAACAUUAUUAUUUCCAGUGGCGUUAAAGAUCCCAAAACGGAUAGCGUUAAUCCAGAAUUAUGUCAAGUUGUUAAAAUAUCCAGUGAAGUUGAACCGGAAGUACAAGUCGUAACAUUCCUUGGAAAACUGGAUCCAAAGAAAAAUAUCAUGGACACGAAGAAUGUUGUUCCGGAAAUUUCUAACGGACUGUAUAACCCAGUUACUCAUAAGGUUGAUACUAAAUUUGGCCAAAUCGACCCUGUUAAAGGCACAUUGACCUACAUCGAUCCCAAGUCAGGUAGGCAGGAAGUUAAACAAGGUAUCGUGGAUCCAACUACCGGUCAGUUACUCUUUAAGGGCGGUUAUGUCAAUCCUAAGACUAACAAAAUUGAUCCAAACUACGGAAGAUUGAUCAGUAUUCUUAUUACAGACCCACAAAUUAAUGCUAAAGGAGAAAUAGUCAAGCGUGAUCCUAAACACGUUAGAAUCGAUACCAAGAACAACCAAGUAUGGGUAUUCGAUCACAAUGAUCCAAUUACAAAAGAAGAUGUUUAUACUACUGGUCAUGUUGAUCCAAUUACUGGAUAUGUCGUCUCUGUUUAUGGCUAUAAUGAUUCAAAAUCCAAUAGUGUUUCUAAAGUAGUCAAGCUUGACCCAAGUAAUGCCAAAGUUGACCCUGAAACCAACCAAAUCUUUACAAAAACCUCGCAAGUCGACGAAACAGGUGCUCCUCUAUAUUCUGCUUCUGAAAUCGAUCCUAAGACCGGUCAAAUUUACACCAAAUACGGCAAAAUUGAUCCCAAGACCGGCAAAUUGGUCAUCAUUCGUAUUUACCUUAUAACACAAAACGAUCCAACCGGAAGAGUUAAGGAAAUCGAUCCCAAAGACUGCCAGUUCGAUGAAAAGACCGGAAGAAUUACAAACGUAACCACUCAAACCGUUUACAUCUACAGCAUGGUCGAUCCCAAAACCGGUAAAAUUAUCCAGGUCGAUCCAAACGAUCCACUCGUAAAGAGCGCGAACACCAAGGUUACCCAAGUAUUGACUCUUUCUGGUGAAAUCGACCCGGUAACUGGUAAAAUUCAUACUGAAUGGGGCCAUAUUGACCCACAAACCGGGGAUAUCGAUCCAAAGACCGCUCGCAGAGAUCCAAUAACUGGUGAACUUAUUUUGAACUAUGCCCAAAUUGAUCCCAGCCACUUUACUGACCUUAAGGACACAAAAGUUAAAGUAAAGACAUACACUAAAACAGAAGACGGUUCCUCGUCUGGCGAAACCAGCGACGACGAUCUUAACGAAUAUGGGACCGACAACCUACAGGAUAUUACCGCCAAUUUAAAUAUUAAGGGUAAAAAGGGAGGUCCAACAACACCGGUCAUUGUAAAAACCACCACAAAACAGAUUGUCACCAAAGACAAGGAUGGUGUUACUCAGAACAUCGAGGAACGCGUCGAAGAUGGUAGAACUGGAGAAGUCACCUACUCUACCCAUGUCAACAAGGCCGACGCACCUUCCAUCGAUGAUGGCAAGUCGCCCUUCGUCACUGCUCGUGCAGUGACGACGCGAACGGCCACCACACACGAAGAUCUUGGCACGAACGCGCGCACCCAACAACUCGAAGAAAAGACAGUGGCGACAUCUAUGACUUCGAGCGCCACCAGACAGGAGCAGAGGACAGUCACGCAGGAAGUUAAAACUACUAGCACGGUGGUCAGCGGAGAUCAGCUGGGCAGACGAGAAAGUGUAAGUUCGACUAGUUCAGGUGAUUCAGGCACCCCAAUCGAUCCACCAGACGACCCUAAUCAUCCAUACUACAACAGCGCAGUGUACAAGGAAACGCCAGAGGGAAUUGUCCAAACUGAGACCGUGGUAUACAACGUAGAUCCUUUAACAUACGUUACUAGUACCACAAAUGUACCAGUAGUGGCAACCGAGUCCAGAAAAGUGCAAUUAGCUUCCGAAGAUGGCAACUACAGUGCAACAGGCGAAAUCGUAAGCUCGCAGACCAUCAGCAGCAAAACGCGCACUGUGGAAACAAUAACGUAUAAAACCGAACGCGAUGGUGUUGUUGAGACUAGAGUAGAGCAAAAGAUUACGAUUCAGUCCGACGGCGAUCCGAUAGAUCACGACCGCGCUCUGGCCGAAGCUAUUCAAGAAGCCACCGCAAUGAAUCCAGACAUGACAGUUGAGAAAAUAGAAAUUCAGCAACAAACUGCCCAGCAACAAUAAAAAGUAAAUAAUAGUAAUCAGUUUGGGAAGUGAUUUGUUACAGUACGAGUUAUUUUACAGAGUACUGUUACAUGAUUUAAAAAAAAUGUAAAUUUGGUUUAAAUUUAUUUAAAAAAGCAAAUUUCAAAAAAUAAAUACCCAAUUGUUUAAUUUAUAAUUUAUUUUAUAAUUUUUAUUAAGAUUUAAUAUAACAUUUCAUUGAUGCGCCAAAAACUAGGUGAUACUUCCCUGAUAUUGUUAUAAACAUUGUACAGGCCUCAAAACAAAACUCCUGUAAACCAUUUCAGACAGUAUAAAUUAAAAUAUUUUAAACCAAAACAACUUUUAAUAAAUAAAGUUUUUUUAGACUAUUAGAGCACCCAGAAAAGAUAUUAUACCACUACAGGUCAUUAUAUUAAAAUUUUACCUAAUUAUAUUAUCUUAGCUUUUGCUUUAUAUUAAUCUUCUUGCGAAAAAAGAUGCUGGCCUUUUGUAUAUUUGAAAACAAUUUGCUAUUUUUUAAAUUAGGUUAAGGAAUUUUGUUUUUAUAAAUGUGUGUGCUGUCACAUCACAACUCAUUAAAUUAAGUCACUUUUCCACUUUUUAGUUUACUAUGGUGAAUGGUCACAGUAUUUCUUAAAGUGCUACUGCACAAAAGUUUAAUAUAUUUUAUUUAUUCAUUACUCAUAUUAAUAUUAAGAAUAAGGUGCUUUAUAUUAAAUUAAAAAGUGCUACAUUUUUAGAUAUACAGAUGAAUCUCAAAAACUAACAAAAAACUUUAAAACUUGAAUGUGUUCAAAAAUUAUUUAAAAAAUAAAUCUAACCCACAUUCCAUAUGUACAUUUUUCAAGGUUAUAUCUUUAUAUAAGAGUAUGUAUGGUACAUAGUUAUAAUUAACUGUUGUAUAUUUAGAAAUUUAUUUAUUGUUUUCAAGCACAGCAAUCUUUAAGAGCUAUAUUAUAUUGACAAUGUGGGACCCUAAUAAAUUUUUAGAUUUUGUCCACUUUAAAGACAAUAAGUGCUUUUAACAAUAGCAGAGCUGAAAUUCUUACAAUUAAGAAAUUUAUUUUUAUUAUUUAUGUGUUACGUGUUUAUUUGUUUAGUAUACACUUUAUAUCCAUGACAAAUGUAAUAGUUUCUUCCAUUAUGUAUUAAAGCUGGGAACAUUUUGCCUUGAGUUUUUAAUGUGGAAAUAAUAGCUUAUUUAUACACUAUUAUUAAUGUUUAGUUUUAGAUUUUACAUAUGAAUAUAAUAUAUUUUGUGGUAUCAUUUUAACGAUGCCAAUGGUUCAUAUUAUUAACAUUAGAUUUUAGUAAAAGCUUUUUUGUAAAAUUUACAUAUUGGUUUAUGUAAAUACAUUUUAUUUUAAAGAAAUAUGAACUCUCAAUGAUUGCUUUAAUUUGAUUUUAAUGCAGCUCUAUCUAUUUUAUGGUUGUUUUUA